AUGCAGGGUGGAAAGAAAUACACAGGACCAUGUGGAGGCAGAGACUGCAGUGGAGGAUGUCAGUGUUUCCCUGAAAAAGGAAGCCGUGGCCAGCCAGGACUCCUUGGAUCACAGGGAUUCACUGGACCACCAGGAUUGAUGGGGAUCCCGGGAGUGCAAGGUCCCAAAGGUCACAAAGGUGAAAGAGGAUACCCAGGAAUAACUGGACCCAAAGGAGAAGUGGGACAAAGAGGAGUCACUGGAUUCCCUGGGGCAGAUGGCAUUCCUGGUCAUCCAGGCCAGCCAGGACCAAGGGGGAAGCCAGGUCACGAUGGCUGUAAUGGGACAGCAGGUGACCCUGGUGACUUGGGAAUUCCUGGAGUCUCUGGUUUCCCUGGUAGCAUUGGAGUCCAGGGGCCCAAGGGCCAGAAGGGAGAGCCGUACAUAGUGGCGCCGGAGAUCAUCAGCCGAUACAGGGGAGAUCCUGGGGAUUCAGGGUUCAUCGGUUUUCCAGGACCUCCAGGUACUCUGGGUAUCCAAGGACCUAUUGGUCCAAGAGGACAGCGAGGAAGACCAGGACCACCAGGACCCCCAGGGCCCCCAGGACCACAAGGCAACAGAGGCCUUGGAUUCUAUGGAGAAAAAGGUGAACAGGGCCCUCCAGGUCCUCCCGGUCCACCUGGGCUUCCUACAAGAGAACUGAUGGGUGUCCCCUCUGACAAACACAAGGGUGAAAGAGGAGACCCUGGACCAAGAGGGGAAGCUGGAAUUCCAGGUGUGCUUCUCUUUCCUCUCGAAAAAGGUGAAGAAGGGCUAGUGGGCCACCCGGGACAAAGGGGACUGCCUGGCAUCAAUGGUUUUCCAGGACUCAGUGGUGAAAGAGGUUUUCCAGGAUUUGAUGGUCAACCCGGUGGCCAUGGUCCCAGAGGAAGCAAGGGGGAGCCAGGCGAGAUGGGUCCUCCAGGGCCAGAUUCCUAUUUUCCUUCCCGCAUCCCAAGGAAAGGUGUAAGAGGUGAUCCAGGCUUCCCUGGUGUUUCUGGACUCCCAGGAGACCGAGGAGAUGAGGGAGAUCGUGGAUUGCCUGGUCUUCCUGGAUUUUCUGAUGGGGAUGGAGAUAAGCCAGGCUUACCUGGAGAAAUGGGACCAAAAGGUGAAAAAGGUGAAAUAGGAUCUCCUGCUUAUUAUGCGGGACCACCUGGGCUUCCGGGUAAGGACGGCUCACCAGGAAUUCGUGGUCCACCUGGUCCCGCUGGAGCCCCAGGUCCUCUCUUUGGAUUAAAAGGACGAGAGGGAAUACCAGGUAGAUUUGGUACACAAGGUUUCCCUGGGCCAAGAGGACAAAAAGGACCUAAAGGUGAAGAAGGGGAUUGCACUACAUGCCUUUUGAGUGAGGAACUCAGAAGGGGCCCUACUGGUCCCCGUGGCCCUCCUGGCUUUCCAGGAACCUCUGGCCAGCCUGGAAGGAAAGGAGAACCUGGUGAUCAAGGACCACAUGGUCUUCCUGGCUAUCCUGGAGCAAAAGGAUUUUCGGGUCCAGCUGGAUUUCCUGGACGGAAAGGCGAAAAAGGAGACUCUUUACACAUAACUACAAAAGGCACCAAGGGAAUCCGAGGGGAUCCCGGGCUGCCUGGAAUCAGAGGUGAAGAUGGUUUCCCAGGCAGAGAUGGAUUAGAUGGUUUACCAGGACAGCCUGGCCUUCCGGGUGAUGCUAUCAGAGGUUUCCCUGGUGAUCCUGGUUAUCCAGGUGAAUUAGGCCCAAAGGGCUUUCCAGGAGAAGCCGGCCUGCCAGGUGAAGGAUUUCCUGGUCCAAAAGGGUUCCGGGGUCCUCCAGGUGACCAAGGACAAUCUGGAAACCCAGGAUCUCCAGGUCUGCCUGGUCUGCCAGGAGAGCCUGGCCAACUAGACUGUGGGCAGGUCAGUGAAGACUUUCCUAGAGGAGAUGCAACCGAGCCAAUAUGGUCAGGUGCAGGCUGUGUAAGGCCACCAAAGGGAUCCCAAGGAAAGCCAGGAGUGCCAGGAGCCACAGGUGCAAAAGGUGCAAGAGGAUUCCCAGGUGAUCCAGGCCCAAUGGGUUACCCAGGGCUAAAUGGUACACGAGGUGAUCCAGGUCGGGAAGGAUUCCCAGGUCCUCCAGGUUUUACUGGACCCAGGGGAGACAGAGGUCCAAAUGGUCUACCUGGACUGCAGGGACACCCAGGCCUUACAGGAAAAUCCGGAGCUCCAGGAGCGCCAGGACUGAAGGGCCUUCCUGGUGAUGUUUUUGGAGCAGCAGCAGGAUCCCGAGGGGAUGUCGGCCUGCCCGGCUUCCCAGGGUUGAAAGGUGCACCAGGAGAUCAAGGAGUACCAGGAACUAGAGGAGCGGAUGGUAGCCCAGGUUUGCCAGGACCAAAAGGAGAUCCAGGGUCACAAGGUCUCCCUGGUUUGAUGGGAUUACCAGGAACACCAGGAACACAUGGAUUCCCUGGUCCACCAGGAAACCGUGGGCCAGAUGGUGGGCCUGGCUCCCAAGGACCUCUCGGUCCACCUGGUGCUAGGGGAGAAGAUGGUGAGCAAGGUUUUCCUGGCCCCGUGGGCCUGAAGGGUCUGUCUGGUGACAAAGGUGACAUGGGUCACACAGGAUUACCAGGUAUACGUGGUGUGUCUGGUCCCCCUGGCAUAAGUGGAAUGGAUGGCUUUCCAGGAGAUAAAGGCUUGAGAGGCUCACCUGGCAUUGAUGGUUUCAAAGGCAUGCCAGGCCUAAAAGGAAGACCAGGCAUCAAGGGAAUCAAAGGAGAAUUUGGCCCACUUGGGUCUCGGGGAGAUAAAGGCUCACAGGGUGCACGUGGCUUCAAAGGUGACCGUGGGGAUCAAGGUCCCCCAGGAGAACCUCCAAAGCUCAUGCCCAGCAUGAUGAUGGAAGUUAAAGGUGAAAAAGGAGAUGCUGGAGAAAGGGGCACAAAGGGAUUCUUUGGCUUAAAAGGUAGCAAGGGGAUGCCAGGCCUUCCUGGAAAGACAGGAACCCCAGGGUCCCCUGGGCAUCCCAGCUACAUGGCUGGUGUGAAAGGAGACAUCGGGGCAAAAGGACUGACAGGUGUGAAAGGGUAUCCUGGUCCCACUGGUUCUCCUGGCAUCAGAGGCUUCCCUGGCACCACAGGAGUCAGAGGAGAAAAGGGCAUUCCAGGAAUUUCAGGCCAUUUUGGUACUCCUGGCUCACAUGGAGAAAUAGGUGAUCGGGGAGAUACUAUAAAUUUACCAGGAAUGCCAGGCCUUAAAGGAGAAGUUGGUGUGCCAGGCUUAACAGGCAUAAGAGGAGGUGUGGGACCAAAAGGAGAAGGUGGUGAUCCUGGUUUCCCUGGCAUUGAAGGCCUCAAGGGCACACAGGGUGUCCCUGGCUCUGUGGGACAGGAAGGUUUGCCAGGACUGGUUGGCGCCCCAGGGCAGCAAGGAAGCCCUGGCUCACCUGGAUUUCCAGGGGAAAAGGGAACUCCCGGCUGGCCUGGUUUACCAGGACAAGCAGGCCAGCCUGGCUUAAGAGGAAUCAGUGGACUGCAUGGUUUACCAGGCACUAAGGGCUUACCAGGAUCACCAGGUCCAGAUGGGUAUGGCUCUGCAGGUUUCCCAGGUGCAGUGGGUGACAAAGGAGAAGCAGGAGAGCCAAGCAGAGUGGAAGGCAGCCGAGGACCUCCGGGCCAGAAGGGAGAUAGAGGUGUCCCAGGAGUCCCAGGACCCUUUGGUAUUCCUGGGCAGGAAGGAUUUCCAGGGCCUCCUGGGAUUUCAAAUAUAUCAGGAUAUUCUGGUGAUAAAGGCUCCCCAGGUCUACAUGGAGUGCCAGGCUACCCAGGACCACAAGGGCAGCCUGGAAUACCUGCUCCACCUGGAAGCAAAGGAGAAAGUGGACAAACAGGUAGGACUGGAGAAAUUGGCCCAAAAGGAAGUAGAGGUGAUCCUGGAUCAGCAGGAAGACCUGGCCUGCCUGGAUUCCCUGGACCAAAAGGUCCUAGGGGUGAACAAGGUGUCAUUGGCUUCAUGGGCACAGUAGGAUUUCCAGGUGAUCUGGGACCUAUUGGACCCAAGGGAGAUAGAGGAGUAACUGGCUUCCAGGGACCUCCGGGCUCCCCUGGGCUGCCCCCUCUUCCUCCAAGGCUGGUUGCUGAGCAAGGUUCACCAGGUCCCCGUGGAAAUAUAGGACCUCAGGGAAGCCCAGGAGAUAUGGGACCUCAGGGCCCACCAGGAGAUCCAGGUUUCAGAGGCUCACCUGGAGAGCCAGGACUCCAGGGCAGGGGUGGCAUUCCGGCUCCUCCUGGCUCCAGAGGGGAACAAGGAGGAAUGGGGUUUCAGGGUCCAGUGGGAUUUGAAGGUCAGCCAGGCCGCCCUGGUAGCCCUGGGCCACCAGGCAUGCCAGGUCGCAGCGUCAGCAUGGGCUACCUGCUGGUGAAGCACAGCCAGUCUGACCAAGAGCCAAUGUGCCCAGUUGGCAUGAACAAACUCUGGAGUGGAUACAGCCUCCUCUAUUUUGAAGGACAAGAGAAAGCACACAACCAGGAUCUAGGGCUGGCUGGCUCAUGUCUGUCUCGUUUUAGCACCAUGCCAUUCCUCUACUGUAACCCUGGGGAUAUUUGUUACUAUGCAAGUCGAAAUGAUAAAUCCUACUGGCUCUCAACUACAGCACCUCUUCCAAUGAUGCCCGUGGCAGAAGAAGACAUAAAGCCAUAUAUCAGUCGCUGCUCAGUUUGUGAGGCUCCAGCUGUGGCAAUUGCUGUCCACAGCCAAGAAGCUUCUAUUCCCCACUGCCCUGAAGGCUGGCGCAGUUUGUGGAUCGGAUAUUCCUUCCUUAUGCACACUGCUGCUGGUGAUGAAGGUGGAGGACAGUCGCUGGUUUCUCCUGGGAGCUGCCUGGAAGAUUUCAGGGCGACUCCUUUCAUCGAAUGCAACGGCGCACGCGGAACCUGUCACUACUUUGCAAACAAAUACAGCUUCUGGCUCACCACAAUUGACCAGCCCUUCCAGAGCAAGCCCUCGGGAGACACACUCAAGGCAGGACUCAUCCGAAGCCAUAUCAGCAGAUGUCAAGUCUGUAUGAAAAAUUUAUAG